AUGGAUUACGAAUACGGAGGAGGAGAGUACUGCAGGAGAGGACACGUGCCGGCGUUUGGGAGCUGGGACUGGAACGACGCAGUUCCAUUCACUCAGUGCUUCGAGACAGCAACCACUCAGCAGCCAGCGUUCCUCCACUACGCUCCUUACCCUCAAGAUCGCGAUCUUUACCUCGCCGGCGAUCUCUACGACAACCACCACCUUGUCGCUCCCGCCGUGAUCCUUCUCCCUCGACGCCGGGCUAAGGUGGGACAGGAGCCGAAGAGAGCCAGCUCCAAGGAGCAACAGAAGUACAAGACGGAGGCGCGUGAGUCUAACUCGCCGACGAACUGUCCUACUCCGGUGGUGAAGCGGAGGAAGAUGGCGCCGAAACCUGUGGAUGAAGACUUGUACAAAGUGUCCCCUCAACUUCUCUCCGUCAAGUCCCAAAAGAAAAGAGGAGGUGGGUUUGGGUGCAUUUCAAGGUGUUUUUUGCCAACACGGGUGCUUUGA